AUGGUGGACAACCGGGCAUGCGCUGAUGUCGAGUUUCUGGUAGGCGAGGAAGCCACGCCUGUCUAUGCCUCAAAAGUGAUCCUCAUUGCACGUUCGCCCGUGUUUGAGGCUCUACUCAACGGCAGUUUCCGUGAAGGCCUGCCCCCCACCUCCUCCGUGUCCUGCUCAACGUCAGCCUCCCCUUCUCUUCCUCCAAUCUUCUGGCACAGCGUGUCGGUGCCAGACCUGGAGCCGCACACAAUGCGCCACCUGCUGUACUGGUGCUACACCAACGCUCUACACCCUGAGCUGGUCCCCGACGAUGACGAUGCGGACACUCCAUCCCAGCACGAACGUGACCUGAUGCACCUCUAUGCUGCGGCUGAUCGCUAUCUGCUCCAGGACUGCUGCGCGAUUGUGACCAAGGAACUGAGAAAGGAGUACAGCACCGACACCUCUCGGGUCCUGGCGACGUUCGACCUGGCCCUGGACAUCGCGCCCAAGUUGGCGAAAGGCGUCUGCCUGAAGGCCAUCAGCACCAACGCCUUCAGCCAGUUGGGCGGCGACGAUCCCGAUAUCGAGCAGCAGUGGCUCGGCCUGUCGCUGGCCGCAGCGGAAGAGCUUCUGGCGGCAGACCUCGAGGGGAUCGAGGAGGUGGACUUGUAUGGCGCCAUCGAGAGGCGCUACCAGCACCACCUCCCGUUUCCCGACGAGGAGCAGACGGGCGCCCAAGUAGAGAGUGAAUCGGUGGCAUUCGAGCAGGUGGCCAGCCUGAUCAACCUCAUCGAGACGCGCCUGAUGACCACUCAAGAGAUCAGGGAGGUGGUGGAGCCCAGCGGCCUCUUCUCGACGGAGGAUCUCAUGAAGACCUACCGGCGAGCAGCUCGCAGCCAUCGCUUCGUCGUCCCGGACCUUCACUCGACCCCGACCGUCGAGUUCGACGAUCGAGUCGCGCACGGCAAGGUGACGUGGCGCAUCUCGGUGUCUCCGGACGACACCGCGAAAACCAAUUACAAGGUCCUCUUCAUCAUCGAGCCGAGGAAGAACGUUGCCAUAUCGAGCCAGGUCUCGCGCAAGGGCGUCUCCCUGACCGUCUUCCUCAACCGACGCUGCAUCAAGCAAGUGACCUGGAGCGGGAGUGGCGCCGUUCCUGGCCGCGUGGCCCAGACCAUCAAGGUGGACUCGACGAUCUUUGCACGCCUGACGAUCUUGGUUCGCGUGCCGGCGGCCGCGUUGCGGGAAAUAGGAGAGUAA